AGCUAGCGUAUGAUGUCUCAGCCUGUUGCCGUAGGACCUGUAGCUCAGAGGAUGACAUGUCCUCAUUGUCGCGCCGAAAUUACCACAAGAGUAGAAGGCGAGUCCAACAGCAAAACUCAUCUCUUUGCUCUUCUCCUCUGUUUACUUGGAUGCUGGCCUUGUGCUCCAUGCCCUUAUUGCAUGGAUUCCUGUCUGGUCAAGAAACAUUAUUGUCCAGCCUGCAAUAAUUACCUCGGACAACACGAAAAUUAAUCGUUACUCUCCACAGGAAAAAUCACACAACAAAUAAAUGCGACAAUUUAAUAGCUUUUAUAAUUAAAUUUGACGAAACGAUUUGGAUUCUACAUGUCCUUUUGGGUAUUUUGCUGUGUGUCAAAUGUUCAAAAAUCCUACAGCAGAAAUAAAAUAUUGGACUCGUUGUUUACUAAAAGAUAUAUCAAUUUGUAUUCUAAGAAUAUAUGCAAUCCACUCGUA